AUUAGAAAAGGACAAAAAAGAUCAAAUGAAAGAGCCAUCCUUGCUGUGAUUCCUAGAUUCCAUCUCCAGGUUUUCAUUGUGGCUGUGUUUCAGUAGAUCAGUCAGAGCGCGUGUGUGUGUGGUGUGGAGCUCGUGUAUGUGUGUGUGUGUGUGCGUGAGUGUGUCUCCUGCGCUGUGCUGCAGUAGAGGGUCCUUCGCUGAGCCAACUGCUACUGCUCUGUGGAGGGCAUUGCAUCCUCCCUGCCGUUUUCAUUUUACUUUGCUCACGUUUUUUUGAGUCAUGCUUGGAGGGUCUGAAUGAAAGAGGAGAGGUCGAAGGGAAAGGAAGAGAUUAUGUGCGUGUGACAGAAGCGGCGUACUGCAGCGAGUCAAACAGAAUGAUUGAGAACUCUCCACACCCAUGAUCGAACGUUUAUCUGUCAUCGAUUCGAACAGAACCGAACGGACUUGGUCCUCACCUGACAGAUUCUCGCAAUAUCCAAACCCACGGAUUAGCUACCUUGUUGGAUCGGGAAUGCUGUCUCUUUCACUGUAGCGUACCUGCACUUCCUCUGCUUCUGAAUGGGAAAUGUGACCAGUUAAAGUCUCUUGUAGGAGUGGGCUUGGUGACUUUAUACUCACAGUGCACGUUGUGUGGUGAGACCGAAGAUCAGCCAGAUUCAUGGUCUCCCCCGCCGUACUUCGAUGAAGACAGCUACCCCUCCCCUCCCAGGAAUAUGAAAGGUUUAUCAAGUGGUCGUCCUCAGCUCACCUUCACAUCAGCACACAUCUGUGGGCUGCCAGACUGCGAUCAGUCCCUCGACGCCUUGCAGCAUGUUGGCCCUGACUCCCGCUCUCCCUACCUGCUCAGUCCGACUGAGAGCUGCCCUCUGGAUCCACAUCGCUGCUCACCUCGCAGCUCCAUCCACUCGGAAUGCAUGGUAAUGCCCGUUUCCAUGGCAUCUGACCACGUUUCCAGCAGCACCUUUCCUAGAAUGCACUACAGUUCACACCACGACGGGUCGCGGGAUGACGGCUCCGCCUCUCACGGUGGCGGCGGCGGUGGCGGUGGAGGCGGAGGCAGCAGCAGCGGCGGGUCCGGGAAGAUGAACCGUAUACCUGCGAACCUGCUGGACCAGUUUGAAAGGCAACUGCCAAUUCACAGAGACGGUUUUCACACGCUGCAGUACCAGCGCACGUCUGCCACCACCACAAGCAGCGAGCAACGCAACGAGAGUCCUGGACGCAUCCGCCACUUGGUGCACUCCGUCCAGAAGCUUUUCACUAAAUCCCACUCGCUGGAGGGAUCGUCCAAGAUGAACGGCACCAAGGGAGACUCCCGCUCCGACAGCGGCCACCACCACCACCAUCACGGACAUCACCAUGGCAACCACAAACACAGCAAAAGGAGUAAGAGCAAGGAACGCAAGUCGGACUCCAAGCAACGCUCUGGGAUAGCAGGCUGGUGGAGUUCCGACGACAACCUCGACAGCGACAGCACCUACCGGACUCCCAGCAUCAUGAGCCGUCACCAUGGUGAUCACAUCACUCACUGUUAUCCGGACAUGGGCCACAGUCACUUCGGUGACCUUUCACUCAAGGCCUCUAAGAGCAACAAUGAUGUGAAAUGCUCGGCUUGCGAGAUCAUCUCUAUGGCCCCUGAGGGCAAGUUUAUGAAGCGCAGCUCGUGGUCGACGCUGACCGUCAGCCAGGCUAAAGAAGCCUACCGCAAAUCUUCCCUUAACCUGGAGAAACCGGCGAUGCCUCAAGAUCUGAAGUCCUCCAUGAGGCCUUGUCAUUAUUUACAGGUCCCUCAGGAUGAAUGGGGAGGAAGAGAUGAGGAGAUCCCAUGCAGAAGGAUGCGGAGCAGCAGUUACGUCAAAGCCAUGGGUGAUCAGGACAGCGGCGAUUCUGACGGCAGCCCUAAAAACUCCCCGCAGAAAAGCGUGCGGCCCAGAGCUCUCGUCAAAUCCGUGCUGCAGAGACAACUUUCAGACCAGAGCUCAUACCGUUUGGACAAGUCAAGCCGGGACAUGGUCAAAUACCUCACCAAUUUAACUGCAGAUUUAAGUCAAAGUUACCAUCUUCAGACCUCUAGGGAAAUCCAUCCCGGCAUCACACUGGAACCGUCUCCCAACUACAGCUCGCCUAAGUUCCGAUCCAGGAACCAGAGCUACAUGAGAGCGGUCAGCACCCUGAGUCAGGCCAGCUGCGUCAGCCAGGUCAGCCAGGUGAGUGAGACAGAGGUGAACGGGCAGUUUGAAUCAGUGUGUGAAUCUGUAUUCAGCGAGGUGGAGUCUCAGGCCAUGGAUGCUUUGGACUUGCCGGGCUGCUUCAGGACACGCAGCCACAGUUAUCUGAGAGCCAUCCAAGCGGGAUUCUCGCAGGACGACGAGUGUGUUCCCUCCAUGACAUCAUCCACAGUUACCUCCACCAUCAGGUCCACCACAGAGGGAAAUGAUUUGCUGGAGGGCACUGGUUUGCUUAAUGAGGACAAUUUACCCAGCGAGAGGCCAGAUUUAACCUCCAUGGCCCAUGGGGAUACGGGCCUCUGUGAGAGACAAGAUGAAUCCAGCACCCUUUAUGGCAAUAUCUCCCCUGCCACGACGCCUUCAUUACCCCCGCUGAAAACAAGUGCGCCCAUCAGGCCACGGCCUGUUCAGUCAAGUGUCCAAGAGACAGCGGAUCUGGCACUGGCAAUCAGCCUGCAGUGGAGGGAAGAUGUGUCAGCCAUGCGGAAGGAGUUAGCCGAGCUCAGGAAGGAUCUGUGUACAGAGCUCAGAGCCUUCAACAGGAACUUUUCCACCUUUACACAACAUUACAGCACCUGGUCACCUAGCUGUGUGAGGGAAACCCAGACAGCUGCUCCUCAAGUGUCCGUUAGCACCCAAGCAGGAAGCAAAACCCUGGUGAGACAGAAUACAGCGGAUGCAGCCGUGAACUGCCCCUCCCCGGUAGACACUAAUGUUUUGUCCAUGACUCCCUCAGAACCCUCAGAUAAAAAUGUCCUGCAGGUCUCAACCUCUGCACCAUUUUUCCAGACUGACCCAAACUUUAAUUUAGCAGAAAUGGAUGAUCCUACUUUUGCUAACCUUACACCUCCAGAUCCUAUUGAUGUGGCUUUGCUAUGUUGGCCUGAAAUAGAUUCUGAUUCUUUGACUCCCCCAGAUCCCCCAGAACCAGUGCCAGAGGUAGAACCAUAUUGCUUUACAAAGUCAUCCACUCAUAAGGCUGUGGAGUCAAUUGUGUUAGAUUUUACAAAUGUGGAACUGGUGAACCUGGCCAGUUUGCAAUGGCCUAAACUGGAUCCAGAAAAUGUAAGCCCUCCACCUCAAGAAUAUCUUGAUAAGACCACCCUGCAUCAGCUUUCGCAAGAUUCUCCUGUUGAAGGUCGACAAGGGCCAUCACCUUUGGAGCUUGGCAGCACAACGUCCCAGGAAGUUCAAGAAUCAAUCCAGCCAUUGGUUCAAAGUACAGAUGAAGAACCCAUUGACUUAAACAUACAAGACUUUACAGCACUGGAAUUGGAAUCAGUUAUCCUGAGUCCAUUGACCCCAGAUUCAAUGAAUGUUAGUGAAUUGAAAUGGCCAAGUUUAGAAUCUCUAGACCUCAAUGUUUCUGGCUCUCAAAGCCCAAGUAGAUCAAUAGAUCUAGCUCUGCCAAACCCGCCAACCCCAGAAACGGUCUAUGAAUAUUCCUGUGAGUAUAUAUUUCAAGAACCACCCCUUCCGGAAUUACUGGACACCAUUUAUCUGCAGCCAGCUACUCCAGAACCGGAGUCCAGAAGUGAGUCUGACAUAUCAAAUCCAACAAGCCCUGAACCUUAUGCACAUGAACUAGAUACUCAAGCUCUUGUUUUGUGGUCCAAAAAAGAAACAUUCAUGAUCUGUGCUGAAGAAUCUGAACCUACUGAAGGUGGUGCCACAAGCUUCCCAGAAUCCCUCUCUGAAGAGCAAGAUACCCAAUAUUCAGAUUCUCCUGACCCAAUGAUAAAUUUCCCCCUCCAAUCAGACACUGUGGACUCAGCUCCCCUGGAGUCUGAAUCUCUCUUCUGUGCUAUUCUCUGCUCAGUUGAGUCAGAUACUUUCGAUCCAGAAGCCACUAACCUUGGUGUGCCGACGUCACAGGAAACAGAGCUAAGUCCGCCGGGACUUGCUACCAUUGACCCAGCAACUGUGCACCCAUUUAAUUUAUCCCUGUUGGAGCUCCAGGCAGCUUUAGACGUAUCUAAUAGUGAAACAAGCGAUAAUGGGUCACCGAAGGGAACAGCGGCCAUAAGAAGCCCCUCUCGUUCGCCAUCAUGUAGGGAUUUCCUAUGGAUUCGGUGGCAGCGAAGAGCACGCGGGAGGCAACCCAUGUCGCGGAGUGCCAGUAUGGAAAUUUACCACAAGAAGUUCUCAAAUAACUCAGAGAUGUCUUACAUGUCACUGUCACUCUGAGCUCUUAAAAAAGUAUGUGAAGCUACAGUAGACGGGGUGUGCAAUAGAAAAUCAUAGAGAAUAGAACACAAGACUGUUAUGGUUAUGUAGCAAGAUGUUUACAGGUGAGUGUGUAAGAGAGAGAAAGUAGCAGCAAGUGUGGAAAGGAUUGAUAAGUGGGGGCUAUGGCCCCACAUUAGUAUACUUCAGACAUUCAGCACCUUUUUACACUGCACAAUUGUGAGUGACCUUGAACUUAAACGCCUUCACCAGGGACACUCUCUCUGACACUCCGGCAUUACAAAGACUAAAUUUUAGUAAAUACUGUGAUUGUUUACUGGCAGAGAACUAAGACUUCCAGGAAAGAUACUCUCUCCACUAAACUUUAAACUCUACCGAGAUAACUGUAAAAAUUGUCUAUAUGAGUUGGUCGUGGAUCAACCAGAAAUUUUAUGGUUUUGGAGUACCUGGGUCAUGCUCUGUGAGGUGAGCAAGAUGGAGUUUGAAUUGAAUGUUGGCCAAAGACUACCUUAUAUCACUGCAUAUUGCUUGGAUCAAUUUUAUGGGUUUUGAUCAUCUUUUUCUCUGAAUGUAAUGUAAUGGUUGUUUCUCUGGUGUGUGUGAAUAAUGGAAUCCUUUAUUCUAGUUUACUCAGUGUCUUCAGAGCCAAAGUGGUACACUGUACAUGUAAAUGUGAAGGAAGAUUUAGUGCUGUGCAGUUUACACAUGAAGCGACUGCUGUGUUUACCCCUUUUUUGUUUAGAUCUGGUGAGAACUGAGAGUCUUGAAAAGUUUUCAAGUUUUUUUGGGGGGGGGCAUUUUAAUAUGUGGAGAUACACUAAGUAUUAAAAUUGAAAAAUUACUUAAGAUUACCUACAGGUUUGAUUCACAGUUAGUCUGAAUUAGAUUGAAUUAGGGAUGUGGCAGUAUACUAGUAUUGACCAUAAACGUGAUUAAUGAUAUUGUGUUAAUCCUGCACAUAGGAUAAUAUUGCAAUCUAUCGCCAGUAUCUGGUUGACACUCCAACAAAGUAGGUUGUAGUAAUCCACCCAUUUUGCCUCAAUUCAAAUUUUGAGCGUGAUUUAUAGCCAAAAAGAGACCCGAAAUAAAUGCAUUUGCCUAAAAGCAUUAUUUUUUAAUGUCAUAGAUAUCGCGAUAAUACAAUAUUGCUAUUGUGAAUUCUUCCUGCUACAAUGAUCAUGUUGUGAAAAUCUGAUAGUGUGACAUCCCUAGUUUGAAUGAUAAUUGUAUUAUUGCUGGGGUUUAAUUAACAUAAUAUUUAUUAAUUUUAUUUGAAUAUGGGAAUGGAAUGUUAGCUUUAAACAGGCCCACAAAAAUGGAUAUGAGUAAGAAAUGUAAGACCUGUGGUGAAAAAGAUGCCCAUUGAGGUGACUGGCCGGCUGGUUUGUACAGUAAGGGGUUACCUUUUAAAUGCAAAAUUUACAUAUCAUACUAAUCCACACCUUAAUAUAAAUUAGAUAGACAAUACAAUGUAUUCUUAAUACCCACGUACAAUAUAAUCCCCAUUGAGUCACUGUAUUACUGUAAAUGUACAACCUAUUGUAUCCUGUGAUUUCUCCUGCAAAUAAUAUUAUAAACAAACGUAACUCUCAUCUGGAGACAUACAUUAUAGCACACAUACAUCUGGCAUUUGAUGUCAGCAUUUACAUCUGCAAGACAUUUUUUUAUUGUUUGCUCAUCUACAAUACAUCUCUGAGACGUCUGCUGUCAGAUGUCAUAUAGACAUCUAGAAGAUCUCUGUAAGAUGUUUAUGUAUGUAAAACUGCUAUUUCUGAGAUGUUUAUCAGAUGUUUUUACACAGCAGAUGUUUUCCAGAUCUUUAGCAGACAUCAUUACAGAUGUACCUGUGCUGUCUGGUACUACAAAGGAUAAAAGUUUUUUGGCAUGGUAACUGACGCUAUUUAUGUCAAAUUAGCAGUUUGUAUUAUUAUCAGUCAUUAUGUGUGAUCAUACAUCUGAGGGACUAUCAGGGUGCUAACGUAAACAAGUUGACUAUUUCUAACAGUAAAGAUUUGGUUUGUAUAGACAAAUGCAACAGAAUUCCUUGAAUCUGACAAUCAGAGGAAUUGCUGGAAAGAGUUUGUUUAAUCUAUAUGGUCGAGUCAUAACGGGCUAAACUGAGGGGUUCUUGAAGUAGCUGAUGUAGUUGAGGACAUUUGAGGGGUUUAUUGUAUUGUUAGUGGGGAAUGUAUUAUUUUAUUAAACAAUUGUAGCUUAUGUACAGUAUCUGGUUCUAGUUGAAUUGGAUUGGGCAUAUUUAACAUUGUGGACUUUUUGGUUAGCCAGCAAGCCAACUGACAAACAAUUAGCCUACAGUGAGUUUUGAGAAUGGCUCUGCAAACAUUAGAUAUAUUUAAGCCUUUAAAAACUUUAAUCACAAAUGUGUGUGUUGCCCUGCUCAAACCUGAAUUAAACAUAAUAUCAUGUCUCAAACUGUAAAUAAUGUAUCCAGUGUUACAAAUGGAAACCUUGGCCAAUUCUCAUUUUGCAUACUACUAACAUGUAUGUAAAGUAUGUACAUUAAGUAUAAAGAAAGCAUUAAUAUUAAGACACAGCAUAUGUCUUUCUUUAGACAUCAUAGAAUCAUAGCAAAUGACGAUCACAAUCUUUCUGUGUGUAGCGCAAGGGGUUGUGGCAUAUAUUACCCCAAAAUGCACGAAUACUUCAGAAAUCCACUGUUCAAAGUAUGCCAUUUAGACACCAUUGACAUGCUACUUUCCAGGAUAAAUUCCAAAUGAAUCAUCCGCUCAAAUGCUAUAGAUGAAUAGUUUGUGAAUUGGGAUUCAGUCGUACGCUGCGUCCGAAAUCGCAUAAUGUGACAGUACGUACUGAAUUUAAAUAAGUACCUACCUAUCGGCCGUUAAAACAGUACGUUCUAUAUAGUAUGAGUGGGUGAAGUAUGAAUACAUUUCGGACAUAGUGCGUCCCCAAUGUUUUAUGGUCAUGUGACCCGUGUGCUCUUUGACCUAUGACGUUUUAACAACAACCUAUACGUGAGCGUUUAUAAAAACAUAAUUUAGUCACGAGAAAUGAAUUUAUUACAUUAAAAACGGACAUCCGCCUUAAAGUUUUCAGCUAUAUUUAUUUGAUUUACUUUUGAAAUUUGACUGUUGCUCAGCUCCCGUGGCAUCAUGGGAUAGAAAAGUGUCCAUCCGAUCCACACUCACGAAUCUCGGCGGAAGUAGUAGACUAUCCGGGUAUUUCUCGCCUACUGUUUUUUGUAUACAGAGGUUUCGGGCGUACUAUUUAUGACUCAUACUCAUUUUCGCUUACUAUGUAGUAUGGAAGUAGGCGAUUUCGGACGCAACAAUUGUUUAGACUGAGGUCUUCCUUCUUCAUCCAUAAUGGAGUUCUCAGGCCUUAUUUUACAGCAUUCUCCACACGUUGCCCUCUGCUGGGCUGGGGAGCUAUUUUUUGAGUAAUAAAAGUGGGUUUUACUUACAGUAAGUGUCUAGAAUGGACCCACAGGUGCUUAAAGUGCAGGACAAAGACUGUAGCAAACAGAAAACAACAAACACACACACACACACCUUAAGAUGCUCAUCGGUCAGUUAUUGUCAAUCAUUUCAGUGGGCAGGAAAUAUCUGACAGAGCCUUAUGAGUAAUUUCAGUAUAGUGAAUGUAGUGUUCCUUUGGGGGGGCGGGGUUUCCUGGUACUGCACAUUUCAUUGGCUGCUUGUUCGUCGUGUGCCUUGUCGGGCUCAUAAAAGUGGGCAUUUUAUUUAACCACCCAGCCUCUAUAUUGUUGUGCCACUGUGACUCCUGAUAAUGUUUUUUUGUUUUUUUUUCGCAAAAUUUUGGAAUGAAAGCACUUUGACUGUAAAAAUAUUUCAGAUAUCCACAGAAAUCUGAAGCCUGAAAAACUAUGUGAAAUUGAGCCUCUUUAUCGCUGUGUAUCUUCACUUUUGUCAGCUGAGAUCAUCUAAUACGUUGGUAGUCAUGAUGAUCUGUAA